GAACAUUUACGGCAUUGACUGCCAGUGAGUGAGUUCAAGUCGGCUGCUUUCUGGUUCAGUUUCGGGGUCUUAGAGGCAGCCUGGGAGUCCAGCAAGGAGAAUCUGAUCUCCUCCUGCCCUACCCCUAUUGCCUGGAGUUUGGAGACUUUUUCCCGGGAGACCGUCCCAGGAGGAGGAGGAUGGGCGGCAGAGGCAGCAAAUUAAACUGCUACAAAUCCCCCAACAAGAGGCGCCGAGAGGCAGGGCAGCCACCAAGAACUGAGCCCAUUGAGCUGGACCCCUUGCAAAAAGACAAAGACCCAGAUCCUCAUCUCUUCCAUGAUGAGCAGCAGCAACUGGACAUGGUCCAUGCUCUCCAGAAGCAUCAAAAAGAGUCAGAGAAGCUGAGCCCAGAGCAUCAGACCAGGGAAGUGGAAAUCCAGGUGGUGGAUGAACAGGAAUUAGAGCUUCGUGAAAAACUUGCUGAGCAGCUCAAAGUAUUGCAAAGGGAGCACGAAGAGACCUUACAAGCACUCCAGGCCUCUCAUGAAAAGGAAAAAAUGGUCCUCAUGGAUUCCUUCCAGGUGGACAAGGCAGCCCUGCAGGAGACCAUAGAUGGACUAACUUCUCAGAUGGAGGUCUUCCAAGCCAAGAUGAAAAGAGUAGAGGAAUCUAUCCUGAGCAGAGAUUAUAAGAAACAUAUCCAGGACUAUGGGAGCCCCAGUCAAUUUUGGGAGCAGGAGCUGGAGAGCUUGCACUUUGUCAUCGAAAUGAAGAAUGAACGUAUCCAUGAACUGGAUAGGAGACUGAUCCAAAUGGAAACAGUGAAAGAGAAGAACCUGUCAUUAGAAGAGAAAAUUACAGUACUGCAGCAGGAGAAUGAGGAUCUUCAGGUUCGGGGAUGGAACCACCAACGGGUGUCAAGGCAGCUUUCAGAGGACCUUUUUCUUGUCCGUGAGGCCCUGGAGAAAGAGUCACAGCUUCGUCAACAGAUCCAACAGGAGAAAGAAGAGCUGUUAUAUCGGCUUGUCACCAGCGAUUCCCCAGCAGCCUUUCCACUGACUUCUGCUAAAGUGUCCUACCUUGCCACAUAGCCUGAGAACUCCAGCUGUGAGGAUGUUGAAGGAGGGCCAGUGGGCAGAAGAAAGGGAAUAAUCAGGAAGACCUCCCUUCUCCAGGCCAUUGGCUCUGCUAGCUGCUGCCAUGGGCUGUUCUCUGCCAUUACAGGCAGCCCAGGGAUUUCCCCCGAAGCCAGACUCAACCUUUCCUGAUGGACAGUAGGAGGCAGGAUGGGGAGCUUUUCUUUAGAGGCAGCUUGUGUAGGGAAAGCGUGCUGAGCUGACUCCUGGGUUCCUGUCCUGGCUCAGCCCCAGACUGAAAGCAGGUGGCUGCCCUUCUCUUAGUCUCAGGUUUCUACUCGGUAAAGCAAAAGGCUUAGACAGAGGAUGUGCGUUCACUGUUCUCCUUGUGGCAUCUACAAGUUCAGGGUGAGGAGGGGGCUGGGUCUUUUUUUCUGAUCCUUGGAGGUUAAAGGCCACCUAUUGUCUUUGCUCUUUGCCCUCAGAAGCAGGUGUGCCCUGUCUUCUUUCUCCUGUCAAAGUUCCCCUUCCCCCGGGGGAAACAGAGGAACAAAAUGAAGGAAGGUAGUAGGGUGAACUGGCCUCCUGAAUCUCAGAGGCUAGACCCAUUAUAGAGCAAGGCCAUUGUUUAGGGCUCAGGGCACUGUUGUUCCUUCCCUCCCCAUGGGGCAGGGUCCUCAGCAGUCCCCAUUAUUGGCUUGUAGCCCCGAGGGUC